AUAUCAGGUAAAAUGACUGGUUUUCCUCUGUAUCUUGUGUUUGAAGUACAUGGAACGAACAAAAGUCUUAAAACUUUACUUCAGUAGCAAUAAAAACAAAAUAAAGAAGCACCUAAUCAUCCAUUUAAGAACCAAAUGUUUGAUCACCUCGCAUCAUUGAUAGAAUCCCAGCCAGUGCUCCAGCAUGGGUUUCUUCAAAGGGGGCAAGUACUCAUACGUGGCUGCAGCUUCCGUCAACAUCUUGGCCUUCAUUGUUGGAACGGCCUCGUCGUGGUCGUCCCCUGUGCUACCAAAACUCCAGCAACACCUCGACGAAACGCCACUUGGGCGCCUGAUCUCGCCGGACGAAGCCUCCUGGAUUGGGUCCUUGCUCUCGAUGGGCGGCAUCGUGGCCCCCUUGCUCUGGGGCAGCCUCGUGUGGCGGGUUGGCCGGAAAACGGUCGCUGUGACAGUGGCAGUGCCGUUCCUGGUGGCCUUUCUAGUGGCAGCGUUCGCCCAAACCAUCGCCCUGUUCUACCUCGCCCGCGUCCUCAUGGGCGUGGGAAUCGGCGGAAUGUUCUGUGUCGCGAUUAUUUACGUUGUUGAGAUCGCCGAAGACGCAAAUCGGGGGCUGCUGACGGCGUCUGUGGGGUUUUUUAUCGUGGUGGGGCUGCUGUUCCCGUACUGCGUUGGCCCGUUUGUUUCCAUCAUGACUUUUAACUUAAUUCUCGCGUCUAUCACGCUUUUUUACAUCGUGUUGUUCUGGUACAUCGCCCCCGAAACCCCCUACUGGCUUGUUAGCGUAAACCAAGACAGGGAAGCUUUGAAAUCGUUGUAUUAUCUCAGGCGCCGUCCGCUUAAACAACUCGAGGAGGAACUAAACCAGAUCAAAGCUUAUCUGCAAACGAUGACACACGGUUCUUUUUUGGGAAUUUUCAAAACACGGGCAAGCACCAAAGCUCUGAUCUUCAGCAUUGCUCUGACAACUUUCCAGCAGUUUAGUGGAAUCAACGUGAUUUUCUCCUACAUGCAGAGUAUUUUUGACUCGACUGGGAGCGACAUCCCGGCGGAGAUUAGCUCGAUUAUUGUCGCAGCAGUGCAGAUGAUUUUUUCGACCAUUUCUCCCCUGCUUAGUGACAAGGCGGGGCGCAGGACUUUGCUCCUGAUAAGCAUAACAGGGGCGGCGCUGUCGGAAAUCGUCCUAGGGGCCUAUUUCUACAUGCAAAAUAGCGGGCAGGACGUUUCGGACAUUGGCUGGUUGCCGGUUGUCACUCUCGUGGUUUUUAUGAUGUUUUAUAAUUGUGGGAUGGGCUCGCUGCCUUGGGCCCUCAUGUCCGAGCUUUUGCCCUCGAACGUGAUCUCGAAAGCCACUUUGUUGAUAACGUGUAUUUAUUGGUUUGUUGGCUGGGUCCUGACCCAGUAUUUCGCGGCUUUGAACGAAGCGGUCGGAAGUGCGGGCUCGUUUUGGCUGUUUUCGGGGUUCUGUAUUUUGUUUGACUUGUUUGUGUACUUUUUUAUUUUUGAGACGAAGGGCAAAAGUUUGCAGGAAAUUAAUGAGAUUUUGAGCAGGUAGUUGAAAAUCUGUAUAGGAAUUUGAGAUACUGCCAUUGUUUUUGUCAAGUCAAGCGGAAAAAUCCGAAAAAUUGGUCAAAACGAACCAAAAACCAUAAGUUUUAAAAUUAAUAAAAUUCAGGAAAUGAAAAAUUAAAAUAAAUUUGUGAUAAUGUAUUGUAAAUAUUUAUUUGUCAUAAUUUCUAUUUUGCUAAUAAAUUUUGCAAAAAUGUGUAA